CAAUGUAUGAAUUAUGAAAAACUAGAGACUGUUAAGUUUCAUCUCUAUCGAAAUGGAUUUAAAGAAGACUAUACAGUGUGGACUAGUCAUGGAGAAAUUGAUAAUAGUUUUGAUAGAUUUCAACACUAUGUUGUUGGUGAAAGUAGUAAGGCAGUGAAACCUAAUGUCCAAAAUUAUAGAAUGCACUACAUGGUUCAGGAUGCGUAUAGGUUGCAUUCUGAUUUUGAAUUUCGCGACCACGUUGAAGAAGCUCCCAAUGAUGAAUCUAGAAUUUUCUUUGAACAAUUGAAAGUUGCUAGUCGGCCUUUAUAUGAGGGGAGUCCACACUGGGAGACAGAUGCGAGGUUCAAGCAGAUAAACGAGGUUGGCAAGAAGGUUAGAGCAACUACUAAGGGUGGCUCUCUACACACAAUUGGGGUUCAGAGCCAAGGGAAUGUGAAGAGGAAAUUGGAAAAGAAACUGGGGAGACCGGUAACUCAGGCAAAGGCAUUCAAGACUACACACACAAGGAAGAAGAAAAACCCCGGAGAUCCAGACGUUUGGGUUCCUCAACUGACCUACGUAAGCCAAUAAUUUAAAGUAAUAAUUACU